CACAUUGCUGUCAGUGCUGCUCCCGUAGAAACGACUGUCAUAAAGAUGAACUUCCUGGGUGUGGCUGUCCUCACGGUGCUGACCGUGGCUUGUCAGGGUGGGGUCAUGAAAUCAAACUUACAGAACCUCUUACUGAGGAUACACAACCAAGGACGACAUCUACUCAACGACGGCCGUGUUUCCGGGCAACCAAGGGCAGGCGGAAUUCCCGAUUUGACAUGGGAUGAGCGUCUUGCCAGGAAGGCGAAAGCAUGGGCCGAUGGUUGUCAGUUCAAGCACACCUCCGCAGGGGAGUUUGGUGAGAACCUCUACAUGGAGAUGUCUCAGAAGCCGGAGGAGGACAUCGUGGUGAACGGCUUCCAAGGGUGGUGGGAUGAAGUGGGUCAGUUCAACUACAACGGGGCUUCCUGCAUGAACACUGGCAGCUGCCACUACUCCCAGGUGAUCUGGGCCGAAACAAGGAAGGUUGGCUGUGCAAUGAAGAAGUGCAGACAAAUACCCCAGAUGCCUGGAGGAAAGAAUAUUCAAUACCUCGUAUGUUUUUACGAUCCCAAGGGCAACUGGUACGGAGAAAAGCCAUACCAACAAGCAUAAAACCUCUCAAACUGGAACUGAGGGGCUGAGGUUCAUGGAUGGUCCGGCACAACACAUCAAUCACACUCACGGAUAUAUACUGAAUGGUCCUUGCAAACUAUGUACACAUCUCAUUUCCAUGUCAUUAAAGAAUGGCUACAAAG